UGCGACGUGAUCGGUCGGUCGGUCGGACGUCGAUAACGUGUGAUUUUAACUGUGUUUUAACGUCUUACAAAACAGCGCGCGCGCGAAUGCUAAAAGCUCCCUCUCUCUCGCUCUCGCUCUCCACCUCUCUCUUUGUCUCUGUGACUGUGCCUCUCUUCUGCUGCGCACUUGUGGCGCAGGCAAGUUAAGAAAACCUGUGCAUGCCAAGUGUAGACAAAUUGUAGAUAAAAAUAAAAUGAAAACGUAAAAUAAGAUCCCAAAUUGUAACGAACUUCGCAUCGAAAGCUAUAACAGUACAGCUAUAAAAACCAAAAAGCAACACUCGAUGCAUUUUAAGUUUUCAUUAAAAAAACAUUAAUUUAGCUAAUAUUUCGGCCUUGAAAUGUUUCCAAAUCAAAAUAAUUUGGCCGCUGCGGGUGCAGCAGGUGAUCCCCAGCAGCAGAACCUCAACUACAAUGGCCUGCAACAACAACAACAGCAGCAACAACAGCAGCAACAACAACAGCAGCAACAACAACAAACUCAACAAUUGUCACAAUCAACCAAGAAUGUGAGAAAGAAACCGUAUGUGAAGAUUACGGAGCAGCCAGCCGGAAAAGCGUUGCGUUUCCGUUAUGAAUGCGAGGGACGCUCGGCGGGUUCCAUACCCGGCGUCAAUUCCACGCCCGAGAACAAAACCUAUCCGACCAUCGAAAUCGUCGGCUACAAAGGACGCGCCGUUGUUGUCGUUUCCUGCGUUACCAAGGAUACGCCAUAUCGGCCACAUCCGCAUAAUCUGGUGGGCAAGGAGGGCUGCAAAAAGGGCGUCUGCACACUGGAGAUCAGCAGCGAGACAAUGCGAGCCGUGUUCAGCAAUUUGGGCAUCCAGUGUGUCAAGAAGAAGGACAUCGAGGCGGCGCUGAAGGCGCGAGAAGAGAUUCGCGUGGAUCCGUUCAAGACUGGGUUCUCGCAUCGUUUUCAGCCGUCGAGCAUUGAUCUGAACUCGGUGCGUUUGUGCUUUCAAGUAUUUAUGGAGAGCGAGCAGAAGGGACGCUUCACAUCGCCCCUGCCGCCAGUUGUCUCCGAGCCGAUCUUCGACAAGAAGGCCAUGUCCGAUCUGGUCAUUUGCCGUCUGUGCAGCUGCUCCGCGAGCGUGCUGGGCAACACCCAGAUCAUAUUGCUGUGCGAGAAGGUGGCCAAGGAGGAUAUCACGGUGCGCUUCUUUGAGGAGAAGAACGGACAAACGGUGUGGGAGGCCUUGGGCGAUUUUCAGCACACGGACGUGCACAAGCAGACUGCCAUUACGUUUAAGACUCCGCGCUAUCACACACUGGAGAUAACGGAGCCCGCCAAGGUUUUUAUCCAGCUGCGUCGACCCUCGGACGGCGUUACCAGCGAGGCUCUGCCCUUCGAAUAUGUGCCAUUGGAUUCAGGUAGGCAUACGUUCUGGAAUCUUCAUCGGCAUCUCAAGCGGAAGCCCGAUGAAGACAUCUUUCAGCAAAUUCUGUCGGUCGAUACGGGCGCCGCCAAGCGCGAGCCGCCCACGAUUGAGGUAAUUGAUCUAAAUACGCCCACCUUGGAGCAGCCGGAGCCGGAGCUGCGACUGUUUGACGGGACGACGGAGGCGGUGGAUGUCAUAGAUCAAGCGCCGCAGGACAUGGAAGCAGCGGAUGCAGAAGCGGAAGCGGAGCGUUUGCGCACGGAACUGGAAAUCGAUACGAUUAUCGAUGAAAAGGUGCGCGAAUUGGAGCAACUGGAACUGGAGCAGCAGAUGGCGGCGCCAGAGCCGCACCAGCUGACGGCCAACGACAAAAUCAACGAAUGGAUGAAGUCCAACGAGCUGCCGGAACAGCCCCACGAGCCAAGCCCAAGUCCGGCUGAAGUCGAGGCCGACGACAGCGAUGCGACCGAGGCAACGGUUGAGACGCAGGUGGCCACCACGGAGGAGGAUAAGACGCUAAACGAGCUGCUCGAGCAGGUGGCCGAGCUAGAUGAGAUCUACACGGACUUUGUGAUGCAGCGCGACACCUACAACAACACGCUACAGAACGAGCUGCAGAGCAUGGACCGGCCGCCCAUGCAGGUGGACGACAGCUUCGACGAUGCCGCCACCUACACAAGUCUGCAGAUCGCCUACAAGCAUCCAGUCGAUAUACCCAUGGAGGAUAUAAUGCCACCAACGCCGCCCAUGUCGCAGUGUGCGCCAGAAGAUGCGCAGCAUUACGAUGCAGUGGAGGUCAACUCGCAGCAGGAGAGGAUUCAGGAGCAGCAGGAGCGUACUCAGGAGCGGGAGCAGCUAGAACUGGCGGCUGCCCAGCUACUUGCCGCCACCGAGGAGGAGAAGUUGCCGCCGCUGCCGCCCAAGCGUUUGCGCAAGCAGGACAGCAAUGCCGAGAAUCGCUCCAUAGAGGCUAACAACGGGGAUGCGGCGCCUCCAGCCGUGCGCGAGAAGGCACGUGGCCUGCCGCCGCCCAUAAUCCAUCCGCGUGUAUCCGAUCUGCCGGCCGCGCCCACAAAACGCUUGCCACAGCCGCCGGAGACCAAGUCCAAAAGCAAAUCCACAACGAAUCCCAACUUCAAUACGCUGCCGCGGCAGAAGAAGCCCGGCUUCUUCUCGAAGCUGUUCUCGCGCCGCAAGAGUAAACCGGAGCUAAUGCAGCAGAGCAGCGAGAAUUGUUCCAAGGCAACCAGCGCAGCGGCCAGUCGGGAGCCCAGCCUGGAUAAUCUCAAUAUGCGCGAUCCGCUGCGCGCCUCGCAACGCUCCUCCAAAUCGAAUCAAGCGGCCAGCUCGGGUCCGUUGAAGUCGGGCGGAGCGGGUGCGGCACGAAAGAUCGGCAAGGCUGGGAAGCCCUGCGGACGCAGCGUGAGCAGCGUGUCGGGCAAGCGACCCUCUUACCUAAAUGCGGACGUGGUGCACAUACCUCUAAAGGGCGACAGCGCCAGCAGCCUGCAGCAGGCGCCACACGAGGCCUACUCGAAUGCCAGCACGAUUACGGUGGGCGGCCAGUUGGAUAGACGCACUGCAUCCGCAUUGCAGCUGGCCGAGAUACCCAUCAGCGAGGGCGGCAUGGAGCUGGUGGCCAUUGCCGAUCGCCAGAGCCUGCACAAUUUGGUCAGCUCCAUUGAGGCGCACUUUAACGUGAAAAUGGAUCCCAAUCUCGAUCUCACCGAGGUCGAGCACUUUGCGCUCUAUACAAGUGUGCCGCCCCAGGCGACGGCCAGCGAAUUCGACGAGACAUCCGCCUACUAUGCCCAGGUGGAUGCCGGCGAGAUUCUAACACCUGACCAGGUGGCCAAACGCUUGGCGGCGGCAAAUGGCAAUUAAUUUUUGUUAUUGAAAUUGAAUAUUGAAUAUUGUAAUUUUUUUGAUAGAUCAGAAAACAAUUUAUGUCUGGUCAGCUGCGGAGGAUUGCAUCCUGGCAGCAAUUUACACUUGGCAGCGGGAAGCCGUGCAGCUUAACCCGAAAAAUUUGUAAUUGUAUUUGUUUUAGAUUUGUUGAACCGAAACCCACAUUUUGUAAGCGGUAGUCGUAGUCGCAACUACCCGAACGAAAUUUGAUUUGUGCAGCAGCGCGUUUUCCCCAAAAGGGAAAGGGAAAAUCGUUGCGCGAAUUUGUUUUGAGCGGGCGCCGGAAAAGUGCGCCUGAUUUUGUAUUUAAUAGAUUCGUCUAAGUAAUCUAAACCGAAUCAAGACUUGUCCAACAAUUUGUCCCCUUUUGUAAACUCUUUUUUAUAGAUCCAGCACACCUGAGGCGGAAACGUCAAAAGACUGGCGGCGAUCCCA